AUGGAUAUUGAGAUGGCCGAUUGCGACACCUCGAGUUCCCUAGCCUCAUGCACAUUCAGAGAAGCAGGCAAGCGAAAGCGUGCCGAAGACGAUUUAGGCAAUCGAGAGAGGGUCUACGACUUCGGGGAGCGCUUUGAUGAGACUCAAGUUGGUCAAGACGACAGGUCAGGCGAUGGUGAGGGCAUAGAUGAUGCCGAGGGCAUUGAUGAAAGCGACCUGGUUCACCUACCCAUCCCGAAUCACGCGCAGCAGCAAGCAGAGAACCUCGCUCGGUUCCCGCGAGUCAAUUACUCAAGCGCUCUGGGACGAAGCUAUGUAUCACUGAUUGACGCCAUCUUCAGCGAAGAGCGAGUCCCCAACAUCACCAACGCCAACAACAACGUCCAACAGCAGCUGUCACUUUGUAAGCUUUUUGCCAGCGUACCCAGAACCAUACUCGAGGCUCUCUUGGAUGGGUCUUUGGCACACAAGGAUCUCAAAAAGCAUGACGAAGAGAUUCGUCAAUACUACCACGAUGUACCAGGCCUUCUCGCAGACCAACAACACGAUUGGAUCAAACAGAGCGAAGCCAAAAGUGCCCCAGCCCUGUACGCUCGAAUGCUGACGAGCGAAGACGGAGAAGCACCUAGCCCGCAAGACUAUAUGGCGCUCUGCAACAUUCUGCGAAAGUACGCCAAUGGCGACCGCCAUAGCGUCCUGUUGAUCGACAGUGCACAUAGUGAUGUCGCCGAAUCGAAUGUCGUCGAACCGUACUAUCUUGACGGCAAGCUCAAGCAUGUCCGACAAUUGUUCACAUGGAUCCGUGCGAUUGAGCUUAUGUGUGAAGCUAUGCCGCGGGAAGAGUGGGAAACGCCGCACCCAGUACCACGCUGUUACAUCGGAUAUGCCGAGAGCAUCUUGGAAUGCGAUGCUCAGUACAUGAGGAAGCAGUCAUGCGCCUGGCUGGUGUCGUUGGUUGAGGCCGCUCUUGAUGUCGUGUCUCCGUAUAGAGGGUACCGGCUUCGCACCUACGCCAUCUGCUUCUUCGCUGGAAAGGAUGAAGUCGAGCUCGGCGAGCGGGCCUUUACGCGUUGCACCAACUCUUACAUUUGCUACGGAGGUUUUAACGUAGCUCCGCCAGGCCAAUGCCCCAGUGCUGGGUUAGCCGACUGGCAUGCCCUGGAGUUGUGGCGAGAAGCACACACUCCGUUCCAGAGCAACAUGAAGCACGAAGUUGGCAACCUGGAAGAGUUACAACAUCAAACCGAUACCGACCACCACCUUUUCUACAUGCAGCUACGGUGUCAGGCUAUCAACGCAAAGCAGGAAUGCCAGCGCGGAGACAUGGAGAACGGGGCUCUCAUGGCAAACCUUCCACAUACCUUAGCUGGGAUCGAAGGCUUGGAUCUCUCCAAACUCCUUUCAACAGUCGCCAGUCGCACUGCACCAAGGUCUUAG